UUAGGCAAGAUGCAUCACUUGCUCUACCUUUACGCACUGACAAACGUAGCUACUGGCUUUACACUACUAUCGCCACUGCUUUCUCUGAUCGUACAGCGAGAAUGUAACACUCCCGGAAUUGUAGAUCUUCGUGUGUUGUUCGAUUCUUCGCUUGAAGUGGACAACAUCUUGAAACCUGCCACCAACCAUUCCAACCACUGUACGGGACCAAUCAUUCUUCAACAGCUAUUCAGCAACGUUUCCUUCGGACAUCAUCUACGCAAAACCCGACUGAACGUGGUGCAUAUUUCCAAUCUCACGGAAAACAAUCUGCAACAAAUUGGAACCUACAUUAAGCAGUCCGCCAACUAUGACUGGGGAGCGAAGUAUCUGUUCCAUCUACCCUCACUGACUGCGGAUCAGCUAAGUAACUUCACAGCAGUCGCAACCAUCCUUUCCGGACAACGGCUGUACAACAAUCUGUUUGCGAUCAAUCGUAAACAUCUCCUUACCUUUAACGUACUGAACAGCGCCAUUCAUCGCCACGAUCAGAUCCGUACGGCAGUGCAGGACCUAUUCCAGGAUAAGUUCCGCCAAAUGCAUCGCUACCAUCUGGAGGAUCUGAUCGAUGUAGAGAUUUAUCCGUUUCACUUCGUUAUUUACGGAAAAUUUAAGAUAUUCAACCGGGAAGCUUACUUCAUCACCAUGGCCGCCGAUCGGCUUAACCUGUCGAUGGUGGAACGUGAGGAUCAACUAAACUUGGUCUUCAAACAUCAGUUCAAGGAUCACGUAAAGGAAAACGGUAUCAUCGUCACCUACGGUCACAGUGAGGGAGAUUUCCGGCGCAUAUGGACGAACGAUAUGGAAGGUCUGUGCAUAGUGGUUCCGGCUGCGAAUAUUUUAACCAUUUUCAACGACCUGAUCGAUCCUUUCGAUCGGCACAUCUGGCUGCUAUGGUUCGUGUGUAGUGAGCUAACGGCUAUCGUUUGGACGGUUGUUAAGUGCGUUCAAUCUCCCACCGCUAGAACACCGAUCGCGUUCCUACAGCAGUACGGUGAACUUCAUCUGGUAUUGCUGCAGUGUUGCGUCCUUGCACCGCCAGAGCUUAAGCGGAUUCGCAAAAUAGAGCAGCUGCUUCUGUUUUGCUACAUUUUGGCCGUUUUCCACAUCGUCACGGUGUAUGUGUCUGUAGUCAUCUCCAAUCUAUCCACCGUACGAUAUGCUAACACACUUGACACCCUACAAGACUUGAUCGUUCAUCAGACUCCAAUUAUAGGCACGGAAACUCAGCUGCAAAUACUACGGCAACGUGCGUACAAUUUAAACUUCGAACCUCACGGAGAGUACGUAGCUACUGUAAUGGCGUGCAGUCAUGCACAGUUGGCGGUAAAACAUUCGCCCAACGUUUACAAGCUAAUACAGGAGCCCUUGAUUUCGCACUACAUCGUUUAUCUGCUGCACAAGGAGUCGAUCCUGCAGGAGGUGCUGGAGCGAUACGUUGCCCUGUCGUAUCAAGCCAACCUGUACCGGUACUGGGACAAUUUUAUCCUCCAAAAGGUACCGAUCGCCCGUGAUCGUACGGCAUUUAUGGCGGAUGUGAUUAAAUUUGACGAUAUUAUUUGGUUUUUCGUGCUGCUACCGGUUGGAGCAGCGCUAGGAAUGGUCGUUUUCCUGCUGGAGAUCGCAUGCUACCGCUUAACGGAGAGACGGUCAAAGGGAAUGUACAAAUAA